CACCGUCAGUCGAUUUCCGGUAAAAGUGAAAGUAGAAAAAGGAAACGUGGUCGUCCAAAAUGGAUGGUAAAGUUUAAAGACAUUUGAGAACUGAUUCCAUAAUGUCCGCAAAAAAGAAAAGGUUGUCAGCUUUUGAAGCUAAACGUCUGGAGACAGAUAUUGAAGAUAAGGAAGUCAAAACAGGGGACAAACAGAGGUCAAAGAAACUGAAAACAAAAUCAGAAGAUAUUGUAAUUGAUUUAGACUUUAAACAGAACGAGGAUCAUUGUCCUGACCUUAACCGAGUAGAAGGUAAUAAAAAAAAGAAAUCAAAAAAAGGUAAACGUUCAGCAAAAACGAAGUCAAAGAGUCUAGAUGUAGUUUGUGAAGAUGAAGCAAAGUCAAAAGAUAAUGCUGUUGAUUUUGUUAAGGAAAGUGACACAAUUGAAAUAUUGGAUGAUGAAAUCGAUGCAAGUGUGGUUGUUGAGAAAGUUACUGACAAAUUAGAAAGUGGUAACAAGACUAAAAAGACUAAGCCAGACACUGGAACAGGCAAGAGAGAUGACAAACGAAAGCGUUAUUCUUUUGAAAAUGAUGCAGAUAUUAUAGCAAAUAAAAAAUCAAAAACAGAUGUUAACCAGGACAGACAGCCCCAGUCUUAUGAUCCAUCUUUCCCAAAACGUGAUGAUGAAUUAACUAGUUGGAGUAGAAUGGGUAGUGGAAGAGAAACUGGAACAGGCAGUUUAGGUAAUCAACAAAAUGAAAAAGAGCUUGUUGAUACAGAUGCUGGACUGAGUAAAAGUCCUACAGCCAUACAGGUAGCUGAAAGUGUCUUAGUCAUUGCUAGUCAUCCAUGUGUAUAUCCUCUGAAAGGUCGUGUCAGAGUGCAGGGUGUUGUUGGUGUUGCAUGCAUUAUGGGAUACAACUUGGAGCCACGUAGCCAAUACUGUGAUGUGUUUUCUCCAGAUUGUAACAGCCUUGUUACAGUUACGACAGUUAAAGGCAAAACUAACACGAAAAAAGCUAUCAGUAAAGUGGAUUCUGUUCUUGGAAUAACAGAUGGAACUUUGUUAAAAUUACUUCAAAACACUCUGAAAAACAGUAAACCUUUUGUCAUUUUAAAAUUUGACAAAUUAGAAACAAAUAUAUGUCCAUUCAUUUCAAGUUUCAACCCAUACACAAACAUUUUUAAAGUAGAUGGUGACAGGUCUGACCUGAACAAACAGUUACUGCCCCUUUCUGUUAAAAUGGUAAAGGACUCAGAAGUUCCAAGACUUAGUGUUCCUGAACAGUUAAAGUCUGUGAUCGAUGAAUGGAAAGAGAAAAUAACACCACAAACUGAUGAUCAGCCUGUGAUGUUGGUUUGUGGCGGGAAAGACUCUGGAAAAUCGACAACAAAUAGACUUCUCAUCAACUCUACAUUAAAUAUAUUGGAAAGUGUCUACUACCUAGAGUGUGAUAUAGGACAGACUGAGUUUACUCCCCCUGGAGUUUUGUCACUGGUAGAAGUUACCUCCCCUGUUACAGGACCACCAUUUACUCACCUGAGAAAGACUGUAUGUUCCUACCAUUUUGGUGGUGUGACACCUAAAGACAAUCCAGAUCUGUAUAUGCGGUGUAUACAGCUGUGUGUACAAGAAUACCAACAUGUGAGAACCAAAAGACCUCUCAUUGUCAACACUAUGGGCUGGAUGAAAGGGCUUGGAUGGCAGUUAUUGUUAGACAUUGUGCGUCUUGUAUCGCCAUCUGUCAUUGUCCAGUUAACGUCCAAUCAGAAUUCUCAGAAUGUGCCAUCCUUGACAGUGGGAGCUCUCAAAGAUACAAGCUGGACUGAUUUAUCACAGAUGUAUGGUGGUCCAGUAAUUCCAAGAAGAAUGGAAAGAGUGCCAAAGAUCUUACAUUUGGAGAUACCUGUUGCAACAAGUUACAACUUCAGAAUGAAAGCAACUGAUUACAGAAACCUGACUGUUCUUAGUCACCUUGCUCAUGACCUUGAACCAGGAUUGACCUUGACCUCAAUGACCCCAUAUACUGUUAAUUGGAAAGAUGUAGCCAUACAUGUAUGUCAUGUAGAGGUUAAUAGGUCACAGAUCAUGUAUGCUUUAAAUGCAAACUUAGUGGCCUUAUGUGAAGGGGACAUAACUGAAGCUGAAAAGUAUUCAGAUGAGGGACCAUUAUUUGUGAGUAGUACAGGACCAUGCAGGUGGAUUGGCUAUGGACUUGUUAGAGGGAUAGAUAUGGAGAGGAACAUUUUCUACAUUAUAACAUCAUUGACCGAAAAUGACCUAGCAAGAGUUAAUAUUCUCGAUAUUGGUGGAAUUUCAGUCCCAGAAAACUUUCUUACUGCACAGAAGUUUGAGAAGAUACCAUAUGUGGAUGAGGUUGUGGAGUCUGUAGGCUUGUCUGCUAUCAGACCAAGAAAGCACAUGCCAAGGAGAGGCCUUCGUGGGAAUAUACCAUGAUGAAACCAAGCAGAGGCCUUUGUGGGAAUAUACCAUGAUAAAACCAAGGAGAGGCCUUCUUGGGAAUAUACCAUGAUAAAACUGUAUGCAGAGGAUGAACCAUUAUGGAAAUGUAACGGUAUAAAACCCAGUGCUGUAGACAUACUAAAACCUUAUGUAAAGAAAAGGCCAUAGGAGUAAUAAACCGGAAAUCUACACUGCUGAUAGGCCUUCGAGAAUACGUUCCAUGAUACAACCAUAUACGGAGAAAAUACAGUAAAGGAAAUGAACAAUGAUAUUAUCGAGACUGUUUGUUUUGCUUCUUUAAAAAGGCAUGUCACAAGAUUUGUGUCAAAUAUUUUGGAAUUAUGAAUGGACCUUGCUUUAUAAAUUAUUGCCCAAAAAGUAAACAUCAAAGUGAUUCUGUUCAAGCCAAUAUUUUGUAUCAAAACAUGUAUAGUACACGAGAUAUUUUAGCGUUUUUGUAUACAUGUUAAAAUUUUAUUACCAAUACAUGUAUCUGAAGGUAAA